AUGGCUGAUGAGAUCAUAAAGAAAGUUUCUGAUUAUAAGAUAGCAGCGGAGGAGAAUAAUCCCAUAGCUUUUGAUGACUUACCCGAUAUCGAGAAUACUCAAGAUUUUGCCCUAGCAUUGAUUGGGAAGAUUGUGACAGUAAGAUCUUUCAAUUUCGAAGCCCUUAAACGCCAUAUAGAGCGGGAUUGUGUGGAGUCUUCGGAGGAUGAUAAAGAUGUUGAGAGGCAAUGGGGGGCUUGGCUUAGGGCAUCCCCAAGAAGAGGUAGACAAAAGAUGGAAGAGGAGACGAGGGCUUUCUUGAAGGAGGUGAAGGCUGGUGAAGAUAACCUUGAGCUGUUGCCCAUCAGUGAGAAUCAGGCUGCGGGAGGGUCGGGGCAGCCGAUUGCUAGCGUGGCUGUGCCUAACGCAACUGCGGAGUCGGGUCCGGUUCCUAGCGUGGCUGCUGCUUCGGAGUUCGAAGCUCCUUCCUCCUAUGCUAGUGUGGAUGUUGGGCUGCAUCAGGUUCCUAACUUAAUUACCAUGACACAGGCGCCUAGUACAGGUGAGGUGCUUAAUAAUCCUCUAAUUUUUGUGGCUGGUGGAGGGAAUGUUGCCACUAAAUUUAAAAAAUCAAAAUAUAAACCAGGGGUGUUGAAAAAAGGGGUGGACUCCCUUAAUGAUGCUAUUAAUGAACUCCCAUGCAAUAUUGUUAAUGACUCUAUGGUUGGUGAAAAAAGAAAGCUUGUUGAUCAUAUGAUUGUGGAUGAUAGUUGUAAUCUGGAUGACUUGGGUUCUAAGAAAUGUAAAUUUAAUGACUCUUCUGAUUUUGGCAAUAAUGAUGUUAUUGGUGAGGCGGAGUUGAGAAGACUUAGUGCUUCUAAUACCCCCGACAUUCUCUUUAUGUCGGAAACUAAGGUUACUAAAAAUAUUGUUGAGCAGAAAAAGGAGAGUCUUGGAUUUUCCGGGGCCUUUGGAGUGUCGUGUGUUGGGAGAGCUGGAGGUUUAUGUAUGUUUUGGAAGGAAGAAACGAUCUCUUUUAAGAUGGUGUCUUUUUCCCAAAAUUAUAUUUGUGGUGAUGUGGGGAGUAGUGGGGAUGUGCGAUGGAGGUUUGUGGGCAUUUAUGGUUGGCCGGAAGAGGAGAAUAAACAUAAAACUUGGGCUUUGAUUAAAGGGUUGUGUGAUGAAUAUGAGGGGCCUGUAGUUUUUGGGGGCGAUUUUAAUGAAAUUUUGAGUUAUGAUGAGAAGGAAGGAGGUGCUUCGAGGGAGCGGAGAGCUAUGGUGGGGUUUCGUAAUGUGAUGGAUGACUGUAGUCUUAGAGAGUUGCGUUUUGUAGGUCAGUGGCACACUUGGGAGAGAGGGAGGAGUCCUGAAUCUCGAAUUAGAGAACGCUUGGAUCGGUUUAUCGUCUCGCGUUCUUGGCUGAAUAUAUUUCCAGAGGCUUUCAUUGAUCAUAAGGUGCGUUACUGUUCGGAUCAUGCUGCUAUUGUAUUACGUUGUUUGGGAAAUGAGGGGAUGCUGAGAAGACGGGAUGGUGGGUUUCGUUUUGAGACCUUUUGGCUUCUUGAUGAUGCUUGUGAGGAGGUGGUGAUGGGAGCUUGGAGUGCAGCAGAGGAUGGUAGAAUUUGUGAAAAAUUAGGGGUUGUUGCGAGGGAGUUGCAGGGAUGGAGUAAAAAGUCUUUCGGGUCUCUUAGAAAGAAAAUUGAAGUAGUGGAGAAAAAGUUACAUGAAGCCCAGUGCGAAGCUAUUUCGAAUGACAGUUGUGAGAGGUGUGUGAGUAUGGAAAAGGAGUUGGAUGAAUUACAUACUAAGAACGAGGCUCACUUGUACAUGAGAUCGCGAGUGGCGGAAGUGAAGGAUGGGGAUAGAAAUACUUCCUAUUUUCAUCAUAAAGCUUCUCAAAGGAAAAAACGGAACCUCAUUCAUGGUAUCUUUGAUGGUGGCGGGAGGUGGCAAACGGAAGGCGAGGAGAUCGAGUGUGUGGUGGAACGCUAUUUUCAAGAGAUCUUUACUUCUUCUGAGCCUUCUUUUGAUGAUUUUCAGGAGGUAUUGCAGCAUGUGAAGGUGUUUGUGACACAGGAGUAUAACGACGUCCUUCUGAUGCCUUAUUCAAAAGAGGAGAUUUUUGCAGCUUUGAGUGAUAUGCACCCUUGUAAAGCUCCAGGGCCUGAUGGGAAUGUUAAUUGUACUAAUAUUGCUCUUAUUCCAAAAGUUAAACCCCCUACUGUUGUCUCUGAGUUUAGGCCUAUAAGUUUAUGCAAUGUAUUGUAUAAAAUAGCUUCUAAAGCUAUUGUUUUGAGGCUUAAACAAUUCCUUCCCUGUAUUGUAACGGAAAAUCAAAGUGCGUUUGUCCCUGGAAGAAUGAUUUCGGAUAACUCUCUCAUUGCUAUGGAAAUCUUUCAUACUAUGAAGACGAGGAAUAAUAGCAUGAAAGGAUUGAUUGCGAUGGAACUUGACAUGAGUAAGGCCUAUGACAGAGUGGAGUGGGGUUAUCUCAAGAAGUUAUUGUUGACAAUGGGGUUCGAUGGACGAUGGGUUAAUCUGGUUAUGAGUUGUGUUGCUACUGUUUCUUAUUCCUUCAUUAUCAAUGGAAGACUAUGUGGUUCUGUGGCUCCCUCCAGAGGAUUACGCCAGGGUGAUCCUUUAUCUCCGUUCCUUUUUAUCUUGGUUGCUGAUGCCUUCUCUCAGAUGGUUAAACAAAAGGUGGCUAUGAAAGAAAUUCAUGGUCCGAAAGCAAGCCGGAAUGGUCCAGAAAUCUCUCACCUUCUUUUUGCAGAUGACAAUCUUCUCUUUACCAGGGCUACCCGACAGGAGUGCUUGACAAUAAAUGUGGAAGAAGUUGAGGGGUUGGAAAGAAAAGUUAUUGUCGCGGGCUGGGAAAGAGGUGUUGAUCAAGCACUGCCUACAUACCUAAUGGGAGUUUAUAAGCUUCCUGUUGCUGUCAUACAAGAAAUCCACUCUGCUAUGGCUCGAUUCUGGUGGGGAGGAAAAGGGGAUGAAUGGAAAAUGCAUUGGCUAAGUUGGGAGAAAAUGUGCAAACCCAAUUGUAUGGGGGGUAUGGGAUUUAAGGACCUUGCGGUCUUUAAUGAUGCUUUAUUGGGUAAACAAGUUUGA